AUGACGCUACGCCACCCCCGUCUCCUCCAUCGCUUCCCCUCCGACGCUGUCACUGCUCCCCGUCUGCGCCUCGACCCCGACAUUGUCGCCCCCAACAUCACCCCAGCCGCGCCGGCCCUGACACCGCAACCCCCAACGCCGUCGCCGCUUCGCCGGCUGUCCGCGCCCUCGACGCCGCCUGGCACACGCUGCCGUCUCCCGCAACGCCGGCCGCCCCCGUCGACUCCAACGACAUUGCGCCGCUGCCGUCUCCUGCAUCGCUUCCCCUCCAACGCUGUCGCCGCCUCCUAUCCACACCCCGACCCCGAAGCCGCCACCCCCAACGCCGCCCUGGCCGCGCCGGCCCCAACGGUGCCACCCCCGACACUGUCGCCGCCUUGCCAGCUGUCCGCGCCCCCGGCGCCGCUUGGCCUGCGUCCCCAACGUCGGCCGCUCUGUCCCCAAUGCGCGCGCGUGGCGCCCCUGCAAACUCACGCUGACGUAAGCUCGCAGCCGCCGUGA